AUGUCUGAAUGGGACAUCCGUCAGCGCGGUUUCGAGUACAUCCCAACCAGAAACUGGACUUUUCACGAAACCUCCAACUAUCCUAACGCAUGGGGAUUUUUCAUUGGCGGUGGCAACCACGAACUCGGUCGUGAUAUGCUCAAACGGUUUGCUCUUCGUAUGUUGAUUGGCGGAGGAAUCGGCACUUUCGUACGAGCCGAGAAAUUCUAUGAUAUUCCUGAGGCAUACCGACAGUUCCAAAGGGCGCCAAUAGCGCAGGUCAUGAUAUGCAAUACUGUCAUGAAUGUGGUUGGCGAGGGUAUGUUUCCCUUUCGAAUGUGGAGCGCAGACCUCGAAUCAUACAUCAGUCUGAGCCUCAAGGUGCUCGUGGUUGAAGACGAGGACCCGAACACACCGAACGAAUUUCACAUUGACAUGUGGGUGGGCCUUGACAGUUCUCCUUUCAUUGAAACUAUGGCCACAGUCAGUGAUCCUCGAAUGUUCAAGGUCAAUUACAAUUUCAAUGACCGAAAUGCCGAAGAGGAUUUCGUGGAUGUCGGCGCAUGGACUCAAGCGGAAAGAUCAGACCGAGAGUUGAGGCCAAGGACCGACGGUACUAUAGUACAGGCCAUCCGCCAUCAAAGGGUGGUCAUUGAGUGGUUUAAGAGUGGAGAAUUCCAUCGCCUGUUGCAACUUUCCGCGCAGGGAGCCCGACCUCGUAACACUCCUGAAGCUGAACUCGAGGACUUGUACACUGACGAGGAGCUGGAUCGGGCGGUGGAGAGAUAUGUUCAAAACUGGGAGCAUAUUCUUCAGCAGGAUGCUCGGCGACAACUGGAAGGUGGUGACAUCUGA